GAGAGAGAGAGAGAAGGGUGGUGAACAAACGGAAUAUAAAAAGUCAUUAGAAGGGAGGAUAUUCAAACAGUUUCACGUGUAGUCGAUCAACUUUGUAAAGUGAACUAAGUUUUAAUUUUUGUUAACAACUUCAAUCACCUGCGUUCUUUUUAAGUGCGCGUUAUGUUCUGUUUUGCUGGUCAGAAUAAGUGAUUAAGGAAAUAAGUACACCUGUAAUCCGGAAGACACCUGUCAGGUAAAACAGCGCCAUUGACGCACCUGAAAUUACCUUGACAAAAUGGCGUCACGUACAAGUUCAGACGUAGACACAGUUACCACUGUUCCUAGCCGAACGACUUUCCACGAUCGCUCUGUAUCUCUAUCAAAUUUCUUGCACAACUCAAGAGAAGGCACAUUUUUCUACAAAACUCCUGCCAGAUGGUGUAAGCUCAUCGGCUUUUAUUUCAUAUUUUAUUCAGCUCUCUUUUGUUUCACAGCAGGGCUAUUGGCCGCUGUUUACAAUAUCUUAGAUUGGAAUUAUCCCAGUAUGAGAGGGCCAGAAAGCAUUUUUCGGGGCAAUCCUGGUUUGUCUUUUCGACCAAACCCUGACUACGAUUCAACUUUGAUCAGAUAUGUGAAGGGAGACGGUCCAACAACUCGUAAAUACAUUGAUCAUCUCGAGGCCUAUAUUCGAUUUUAUGAAAAUAAAAAUCAGAUUGGUGAUAAUUUUGCUGUUUGUGAAGCUAUAGUUCGACGAGAGCAAAGAGAAAAAGUUUGUCGUUUUGAUAUUAAGACAUUGGGUGGAAAUUGUGUUAAACAGCAGAACUAUGGAUAUGAUGAUGGAAUGCCGUGUGUUCUUCUAAAAUUAAACAAGAUUUUUGACUGGGAACCUGUACCUUACAAUUUGUCUGAGGUACCUGAAGAAAUCAAAGACAGUUACAAAGAGUAUGCAAUAAAGGUGACUUGCAAAGGUGAGCUGCCAGCAGACCGAGAGAAUCUUGGUGAUAUUUCAUACUACCCUAAUGAAGGUUUUCAUUUCAAGUACUACCCAUAUCUUAACCAACAAGGGUACCGUUCUCCUCUGGUCUUUGUACAGUUUGAGAAUCCCAAAACUGGAAUCCUUCUUAUGAUUGAAUGUAAAGCUUGGGCCAAAAACAUUAUACACAAUAGGUUACAGAAACUUGGAACAAUACAUUUUGAAUUACUUAUUGAUUAAGGGGAGGUGCUGUUGUAAGGAACCCCAAAGAUAUAUUGAGCAACAAAACACCCAAGACUAUGGUUCAUAUAUAUAUAUAUGUAUAUUAUAUAUAUAUAUAUAUAUAUGUGUGUGUGUAUUUAUAAUUUGUCAUAAUUACUUGUAUACUUAUAUAAGUUCAGAUCUAGUUUUUUUACUUCCUUUCAAUUUCAGAUUUAGGAAACUGUUUUUUCCUCUCUCAAUUUUUAUACAUUUUAUAUUCAAUUGUAUGAAUUAUUAUUACAUUUAUACCCAUUUUGAUAUCCAUCUUUUUCCUUAUGUCCUUGUAUACCAGAUGGUACAACAUAAAAAGACAUAGCUGAAUUGUUGGUGGAAAGUAUGUGACUCAGUCAGUGUGUCUCUUUUUUGACAACCAAGUUGACAUUAACCAAAGAAAUGUCCUUUACUUUUGUUGAAAUACAUUGCUCUUAGCAGCAAAGCUUGAACACACUGUCAUCUUUAGUUUAAUGUUUUGUACCAUAUCAACUCUUCCAGCAUAUACUUUUUUUUUAUUAAAUCUGUAGUUUCAAAAUCAAAAACUACGGUAAUUUGCCUUCAUUCAACAUUUAAUUCAUUACAUUUCAACAAACUAUUUUUAUCAGUAUCCAUAUUUUUUAUAUAGUGUUUCCUUCAUUCUUUUGUUUUCCUCAGUUUUCCCUGAUUUAAACAUCAUUAUUCAUUUUAUUUUGCUCUUUUAUAAUGAACCUAAAAUACUUGUCUUUGGCAAAUGAUUUGUGUCACUUUCAGUAUGGUACUAUAUGGAAAGUAUAAUUUAGAAAGUAUCCACACACAUACACAUUCACUAUUUUAUUUGAUACAAAAGCAAAAUUGCUUUGACAUACUGUGAUAGUAGAAGUGUGUAGAGUGUAAUAUAUGCUUGUUGCAAUUGUAGCUACAAACUCAUACUGAUAUGUUUCAUAACUUUAGCUACAAGUUUGAAAUUUUAUCCUCAACCCACUCUAACACACAGAAGUGUUGGAAAUGGGAUAAACAGUUUUAGAUUAUCUUGUAUUAAAAGCAGAUUUUUCUUUCACAUUCCUUAUUUUGACUUUUAUAUAUUUCUUGAUGAUGAUGAUAUUAUUAGUAAAAUCGUUUGAUAUUUUCAGCUUUUGUUUUAUAAACCUUUAUGUUUAUAUGAAAUGUCUGUUUACAUGUGUGUGUGUGUGUGUGUAUAUAUAUAUAUAUAUAUAUAUAAUCCAGGGAUUGAGGUGUGAGAAGAAAGUUAGCUUCAGGCAAUCUGAUUAUGUAACCCUGCACUCAUCAGAGGUAACUGUUAUGGAAUGAAAUAUGGUGAUAGACUCUUAGAUGACACCCCCACACAUAUAUAAUAUGCAUAUGAAUGGUUCUAGAUACUUGGAUCUGUACAGUUUUACUCAUAGCCAAGAUUUUUCUAUCAAAUUAAAGCUAUAAGUGGUGAGUGAUUUUAUUAUUUAAGAUAUGUUAAAAGUUUUUAAAAUGCAAGAUGAUCUUAAAGAAAAUGUCUGUGGGGUAACUGGUUUUAUUUGGCAAUAAGCUAUAUUAUUAAUGGAAGUACAUUAGCUUAGUAAAGUCGGUGCUAACAUAAUUAAUGUAAUGAACCAAGAAAUUUUAAUUAUAAGU